AUGGUUCUGAUUGGAGAAAGAGAUGAGCAGAAAACAAGUUUCCAGCUGCUGGCAUGGGACCAGAUCCGACUGCAGCCUACCGGUGCCCAGAGGCCUCCUGCUCUUAGCCGAGAGGCCUCAGAAGUAGGCCUCAGCUUUCAGCAGGGUCUGUCGCUUCCCCUUGCCCCUGCUGCGACUGACACGCUGUAGGGUCUGGCCCGCUCGGCGAGCUGCUCGGCGGCUCUGGACUGCGUGUAUCGCCUCAAGGGCCGCAGCGAGGCCAAGUCGCUGGCCGUGUGCCUGGGCCGCGUGGCCGACGUCUACAGGUACUGUGAGGUGAGAGGACCCAAGGAGCUCCUGGAGGACCUGUUGCCAGGACCAGUGACCCUGGUGAUGCAGCGCUCCGAGGAACUCAACAAAGACCUGAACCCCUUUACGCCUCUUGUUGGCAUCCGGAUUCCUAAUCACGCCUUCAUGCAGGACUUGGCCCAAAUGUUUGAGGGACCACUUGCACUGACCAGUGCCAACCUCAGCUCCCAGACCAGUUCUUUGAGUGUUGAGGAGUUUCAAGACCUCUGGCCUCACUUGUCCCUGGUCAUUGAUGGUGGACCGAUUGGGAAUAGUCAGAGCCCUGAGUGCCGCCUCGGCUCUACUGUGGUUGACUUAUCUGUGCCUGGAAAGUUUACCAUUAUUUGCCCAGGCUGUGCCCUGGAAAACACUACAGCCAUCCUCCAACAGAAAUACGGGCUGCUCCCUUCCCAGAGGUCAUUUUACCCAGGAUAUCUCGUCUGUUUCCCCUUCCCAGGGCGAGCUCUGCAUUCGUCUUAG